GCAUUUGUCGGUCAUCCCGCCUCACUACUAAAUCGCGCUUUAGCGACAUGCGGCUAGGCCCGUCCAUGACAACCCCAGCACGCGCCACGUCGGUGCUAGAGCCUGUCCUUUCCGAGCUUACGAGCUUACGAGCUGGUGAGCUGGUGAGCUGGUGAGCUGUUCUGGUGAGCAGUUGAGGUCUCUGACAUGUGGCCCUUUUUCCGGCUCGACUCGCCAUGUGUUGACCUUAGCAAGCUUUUACGAGUGUGCAUGCUGGAAAUUUUCGUGCGACCCGAUGGAGACGAAGGAAAAUCGAUUUGCUGCUUCUGGCGUCAAGGCGAGCUCCGCGGCCAAUCCAAGAAGAUGAAGAAGAAGCAGCGUAGAAAAGAAGCGCAGAAACUGUUAGCCUCAUCUGAAGUCCACCUCCCAUCGUUAGCCUCUCCUUACACCGAUCGCUUUGUUGACGAACGCUCGAGUAGCAGCUUCUCAGAAGCCGUUCUUGCUCUCCCACAAACAAGCAGGGACAGCCAGCCUCCCGAGUUCGUCAGAGAUAGUUACGUCGUCAUGGCUAGCAUGGGCUUGGCUCCCGUUCCGUCUAAGGUUCAAUUCCUUGGCGGUAACAGGAGUUAUCUCCCAGGACCUACCAUGAGCAAACAAAGCGUAGCCACGCCGUAUUCUGCUAAGUCCUGUCCUCCUAAGUGGAAUUCAGUGGCUGCGCAAAGUAGAAGUGGGGUCUCCUUCAGGGAUGGGGAGAUGGCAGGGGUCGGACAGGCACGGCUCACUGCUGGAUGUACAAAGGGAACGGAUGGGAAAUCUCGCGUUCAGGCGAGGCUGUUCGGGCCAGCAGUGUUUGAAUCAAAGAAGCUUCAGGUGGUGUUCAUGGGAGCAGAAGAAGAGCAGCACCCUGCACACGCUCCACUCCCCCGGAUGUACACCUUUACCCACUCGGAUGUCACUGCCGGCCUCACCCUCGCUAUUGCUCACGAGUUCAACAAAUCACAGUUUAUGGGUUGGUACUCUCGGCUGCAAAGGGAUGAGGUGCUUGCAGUGUGGCGCCAGCACUGCAGCUUAGCAGAUUUCCGUUCGCCUUACCUGAGGGACCCUUGGCAAGAGGUGCACCCAGAGCACUCAUGCAAUGGCUCGGAUUGCCACAUGUCGCUCCACGUGCACUGCCACAUCAGCGGAGGUCAUUUUCUGCUGAACGCUAUUGCAGCGCUGAGAUUUUGGAUCUUCAGGAAGGAGCUCCCAGUCGUCUUGGAGGCAUUCAGACAUGGUGACAGGGCUCUAUUUGAUAAACACCCUGACCUUGAGGAUGCGUUGGUGUGGGUUCACUUCCAUUCCAACAUUCCAGAGUACAACAGACACGAGUGCUGGGGUCAUUUGCAUUCAGCAGCGCAGACUGGUACAGAGAAGACACAGUCUCAACUCAGCUCAGGGGCUCAAAGAGUGGUGGAAGCUAUUGGUACCGCUGCGGAGAGAGAGCAUCAGUGGCCAGUUGAAGAGAGACGAGUGGCCAUGGCAGGUUUUACUAUCCCGCCGCCUCCAUUUGAGGACAAUAACUAGUUUGUUAAACUGUAGUUCCUCGGGACUCUCUUUUUGCUUGUCCUUGCUCUGGCUUAUUCUGUUCCGAGUAGGGCCUGUUUAGAGCUGUGCAUGUACAUAUACCGUAAUCCCCCGUAUAAAACACCCUAUGGUGUUAAUAAAAAUGCAGCGAAAUU